UUUUUUUUUUUUUUUUUUUAAAUUUACAAAACGCUUGAUAUAUAUUGCUAAAAACCACGGCGACCCUUGUAUGUUCCAGCGCACCGGGCCCACGCAAACGCUUACGUCAGGUUUUAUGACGCCCGUUUUGUUUAUGCCCAUCGACAAAUUUAGAAUGAUUAAGAAAUAUUUAUAUGCGUUUACAUUUCAUGCGUCUUUUUUUAAUAACAGCGAUCCUUUGACCUUUAACAAGUUGCAGAGCAUUUCUGUAAUUUUGAUCAGGCAUGAAAGGGAUAUGCCCCUAUAUAAACAGCGUUCAGCGCUACACAAUCUUCAUUCAUUCUUCAACCUUUAAACACAUAUUUGAAAGCUUCACGAAUUCGAAUUAGGUUUUCUUGAGAGACAAGUUUGGGGUAAAAAUGACGUCAGAAGGAGUUGUUAUCGGCUGCCACACCGUCGACCAAUGGAAGGAGCAGUUUGACACGCACGUCGGCUCUACCAAAUUGGUGGUUGUGGAUUUCACAGCCUCAUGGUGUGGUCCUUGCCGUAUGAUUGCACCAAUCUUGGCUGAGCUUGCUAGUAAUAUUCCCCAUGUUACCUUCCUUAAGGUUGAUGUUGACGAACUUAGGAGCAUUGCUCAGGAGUACUCAGUGAAGUCAAUUCCAACAUUCGUAUUUCUUAAGGAAGGAAAUAUAGUGGACAAGGUUGUGGGUGCUAAGAAAGAUGAACUUAGUGCCUGUGUCGCUAAACAUGCAGGAGAUGCUACUGUUUCUGCUUAAUGUAUUCUAAAUAUGAAAGAUUGUGAGCAACUUUUUGUGUAACCAUGUUUAUGACUUGUGGUUUAUCUUUAUGCAUAAAUGGAAGUUGUUGUGA